UACUAGUUGACUUCUGAAGUGUAUGCUUCUUCCUCCUUUUUUCUCUACCCGGUAGUAAAUGCGUGUAAACACCAAUAGCAAAAUCUGUGAUAUUUGGUACAAUGGAAGUGAAAACGAGCUCCAACUCCGUACGUUUUGAUAAACAAAGAUGUUCGUUUAUAGUUUUGAUCAUGUUCUUCUCUUUGCCAGCUGUGAAUGCAGUUUGGCCAAUGCCUCAGCUUAUCAGCUCUUCCACGGAUCGAUACCCUCUAAGUCCACGGCAGUUUAUUUUCCAGUACGCGAGUGGGUCAUCCGCAAAGUCGGGUUGUUCCGUGAUUGACUCAGCUUUUAAGAGAUAUUUCCCACUUAUUUUCGUGGAUUAUCUAAAAGCUGGAGGUCCCAGGCAGCAUGACAACUGGUUUAGGUUGCCUCUCAAUGAGGGGGUGUUUACCGUUCUGGUCGACGUGAGGAAAGCCGACUGUGAGGGUUAUCCUGACCCAGACUCCUCGGAAAGCUACAAGUUAAGUGUGUCUUCGGGUCAGGCAUCGCUGAGGGCUAAGACGGUGUGGGGAGCUCUUAGAGGUCUGGAGUCUUUCAGCCAACUGGUCUACCAAGAUGACUUUGGUCAAUAUUUUGUGAAUAAGACUGAGAUAGAUGACUUUCCCCGAUUCAAGUUUCGGGGGCUUUUGUUGGAUACUUCACGCCACUACCUGCCUUUACCAGCUAUUCUGAAGACCCUGGAUGCCAUGUCUUAUAACAAGUUCAAUGUGUUCCACUGGCACAUUGUGGAUGACCCCUCCUUCCCCUACCAGAGCAGCACCUUCCCAGGCCUCAGCAGCAAGGGGGCAUUCCAUCCGUCUACCCAUGUAUACUCCCAGACCGACGUGAGCAGGGUGAUCUCUCAUGCCAGACUGAGGGGCAUCAGGGUCCUACCUGAGUUUGACUCCCCAGGACACACCCAGUCAUGGGGCAAAGGACAGCCCGGCCUUCUGACUUCAUGCUAUAAGGGCUCUGUUCCGUCUGGGACAUUUGGACCAGUGAAUCCAGCCAUGUCCUCCAGCUACCAGUUCAUCAGCCGGUUGUUUAAGGAGGUGGCCUCCGUGUUCCCAGACCCCUACAUCCACCUUGGGGGAGACGAGGUUGACUUCACCUGCUGGAAGUCCAACCCUGAAGUUCGGGGGUUCAUGCAGAAAAUGGGCUUUGGAACAGACUACACCAAACUGGAGUCAUACUACAUGGAGAAUAUCAUAAACCUCACGAAGACCCUCAACAAGACUUCCAUUGUCUGGCAGGAUGUGUUUGACAACCAUGAAAAGAUCCCAGAGGAGACGGUGCUCCACAUCUGGAAGGGAAGCCCAGCCCAGAUACAACAGGAGCUGAGUGACAUCACCCUGGCCGGGUACAGAGUCAUAUUGUCUGCCCCCUGGUACAUCAACCAUAUUGCUUACGGACAGGACUGGACCACCUACUACAAUGUACAGCCACUGAACUUCACUGGCUCCGAGCAGCAGAAGAGCCUGGUGAUUGGUGGAGAGGUGUGCAUGUGGGGAGAGUAUGUAGAUGCCACCAACCUCUCUCCACGCCUCUGGCCGAGGGCGAGCGCGGCAGCAGAGAGACUGUGGAGUGAUGAGAAGACAACCUCCAGCGUGACCGACGCGUUCCCUCGCCUCACAGACUUUCGCUGCCGGCUGCUGAGGCGUGGAAUUCAGGCAGAGCCUUUGUUUGUGGGUCAUUGCAGACACGAGUACGAGGGUAUCUGAAACCUGACGCGCUCCGUACGAGUGUAUCUGAAACCUGACGCGCUCCGUACGAGGGUAUCUGAAACCUGACUGGUUGAGUAUGAGGUUAUAUAAAACAAGACUGGUUGAGUAUGGGGAGGUGAGAGGAAACUAAUCAAAGACAAAACAUGGAUCGAACAGUAGAAAUUUAACUGGACCGCAAGUACAAUUGAAAUGGAACCAGAUCAUUAGGAUUAUAGAAUCAGAGUCAGACCGUUAGGACAGAAGAAAUAGAACCAGACCGUUAGGACAGAAGAAAUAGAACCAGACCGUUAGGACAGAAGAAAUAGAACCAGAUCGUUAAGACAGUAGAAAUAGAACCAGACCGUUAGGACAGAAGAAAUAGAACCAGACCGUUAGGACAGAAGAAAUAGAACCAGAUCGUUAAGACAGUAGAAAUAGAGCCAGACCGUUAGAACAGAAGAAAUAGAACCAGACCAUUAGGACAGUAGAAAUAGAACCAGACCGUUAGAACAGAAGAAAUAGAACCAGACCAUUAGGACAGUAGAAAUAGAACCAGACCGUUAGAACAGAAGAAAUAGAACCAGACCGUUAAGACAGUAGAAAUAGAGCCAGACCAUUAGGACAGUAGAAAUAGAGCCAGACCAUUAGGACAGUAGAAAUAAAACCAGACCGUUAGAACAGAAGAAAUAGAGCCAGACCGUUAGGACAGUAGAAAUAGAGCCAGACCGUUAAGACAGUAGAAAUAGAACCAGACCGUUAGGACAGCAGAGAUAGAGCCAGACCGUUAAGACAGCAGAGAUAGAGCCAGACCGUUAAGACAGUAGAAAUAGAGCCAGACCGUUAAGACAGUAGAAAUAGAGCCAGACCGUUAGGACAGUAGAAAUAGAGCCAGACCGUUAAGACAGUAGAAAUAGAGCCAGACCGUUAGGACAGCAGAGAUAGAGCCAGACCGUUAAGACAGCAGAGAUAGAGCCAGACCGUUAGGACAGUAGAAAUGCACUGACAACAUGUUAGGUCUCAGGGAUACAAAUGAACAGACACCACUGCACCAAUCAUUUUCAUGCUACAGAUUAUCUCUACAUUGUCACUGAUCUUUGUUGAACAAUAAACUUUAAUCUGA